AUGCCGGAGAGAAGAUACGUCAAUGGCGACCGGAACUUUGUUGGCCUUGGACUUCUUCUUGAAGCUUUUGAAGUUUCUUGGCGGUACCUUUCUCCAUGGAAGCUCCGGACCAACACCUUGAGCAUCAUGAAUCAGAAUGCAGCAGUCGAAGAACCUCUGGUGCAACUUUCGCAGAUGAACUCCAAAGCGAGGAACGAUCCGCCCAUAGCUUGGACGACCCACAAAAGGAGGGCAAGGAGGAUUACCAGAGCUGAAAGGAUCUGCCGGUCUGACCUGAGCGCGCCCGGACCACACACAGUGGUUGAGCUCGGCCAAGAUGGGGGAAAGAAGCGCUUGAGCGCUUGCGAAACGGGAUUUGAG